UCUCUUGUGAAUUAUAAUAUUGGAACCAGUGUUCUCUUUGUAUCAAAUAAUAAUGCAUUGAGGGAUAUGGUUGGAUUAGUGUGUCUGAUUGGUUGAAUUGUGCUCAUCACAGUACUGAAAAGAUGUCUUCCCUCAUCGUUUUGGGUCAAAUUUUUAUGCAUACAAGUUGUUGCCAAAUCGUUUCUGCUCUUGUUUUGACGAUGCGAACAGAGUAGUUGUGCUAUUGCAUUCUUUUCCCUUUUGGCAUUUUUGAAACCUGUCGUAUAUGUCAGUCAGUCUCAGGCGAUUAGCAUCUAAUCACUGACUUUAUACGGCAGGAAUAUUUGUUCUGAUCCUAAUGGAAUGUUCUCACGUGUAAAAUCACUCUCCAUCCUCCAAAGUGUGAUCUUCUAUUUAUGUCCUGACACUGCCUGGUUCUUCUAUGCUUUUUUCAUAUUCGUGUGCCCACCAUUAACUUGUUUUUUUCCUUCUUUUUUGUAGCCGCAGACUCGUGAAUGGAAUCUGCCCAUCCAUAAAAGUAAGUUUAAUAUUGGCCUCUCCUGGAGUCAAAAUUAUACUUUUUCCAGAUUGUUUUGCGUACAAAUGAGUGAUCACCAAAGAAGAAUGAUGCUAAAUGGUUGCUUCAUUAGAAAGAGCCUUUUUCAUCGCUUAAACAAAGCUACUGGAACAAAACGAAUCAGCACAAGCACUAGACCAGUUCCGAGAGAUGCCUCAGUUAAUCAACCCGCAAUCAAGGGACCUCACGGUGGUAAGAUCCCCGGGUGCACAACGAGCUGCGGAUUAAGGUUACCGAGGAAGACAGAGGUCACAGCAGCAAAAAUGAUCAAGCAACUUGGCUGUAAAUUUGCAAAAGGUUUGCGUCUGGUGGUGAUGAGGAAGAAGAGGAAAUCUCCACCGUCAAAGGGUUCUUCUUUUUCUUCCGGGAGGUCUCAGCCGUCGAUCAUGCCCAUAAGCAAUGACAAUCAUAGAUCAGAGGCUAUAGAAGACUGCAUAGAGUUCAUCAACUCAUCAUCCUCCUUCAACAGAUCAAACUCUACUUGUUAAGUUACUCCCUUUAUAUUGGUGUUCAUUGUCUAUUUGCUUAUGUUGUGAGAAUUACAUGUACUGUCUAUAUAAUAAGUCUUUAUGUGACUUUCAUUGAUGUGUUACUACGAUAGUAUUCUAGUAAAUAUCUGAAAUCAGCUCUCAUUGUCUACUUGAUUUUUACUCUUUUGGUUUUAAAAUACGUUUUGUU